AUGCAAUCUACCAACCCUGAACAAGACGAGCGGAAACCGGCCUUUCGUCCGUUUUUCAACACCCCAAGUUCGCGCAACCAGAACCAAGCAUAUGUUGAAGACGAUGAAGAUGACAGUUUCAUUCCCCACGCUGCCUCUCACAGCCCGCAAGGUCCUCGAUGGCGUCGCCCACGGACCGCCGGUAAUCAAGGAGGUGAUCAGCCUAUGACACGUCAGGCCAUCAACGAUCUUUUCGCUAGUGAAGAGCCCACCAACAGCAGGAACGACGACGCGACGGAUGAAGGCGACGCCACUAUCACGGAACUCACUACCGCUACGGAGGAACUCGACGCAUCAUCAUCGCACAGCGUCCCAGCGGGUGAGGAUGUCGGUGAUUCCACCAUCAUAUCCCUCAUCGAUUCCACUGAGGACAGUAUCGACCUGGAUACCAGCCGUGGAGAGUCCAGCUUCCAAGAACAGGAUACUCUGACCAGCGUUCCUGCCAUCCAAGGUCUCCAUGUCUCUGCCCCUAGCGCAGCCCAAGUACCGUCUGGUCUGCCACAGACUGGAGGUGGUGAAGUCGAGCCGAAGGAGGAUGUCACCAUGAUUGACGCGUCUAAGGAUCUCGACAACGUCGAAGUCACCGAUAAGCAGGAGCAGUAG